GUAUUUUUGGCGCCAGAAAAAACACUUCCACUUUCAUCAAAACAACAAUGGUUUAGCGUUAAAAUAUCUUCAAGAUAAGUGAUGUCAAGGCUGGGGUCUUUGUAAAUCGACUUCUUUAUAUAAUAGCGGGGACUGGAUAGAAUCCAGUUAGUCAAACUGCGCUCUGCUCGCAGUGCAGAGGAGCCAUUUGAUGAUCUUAUUUAUUUCUUGUCUAAUAAUUUAACAAAAUGCCACCUGUUUCAAUAUCAGAAGACGGGCCCAAACAAAAGCUCCGUGUGGCUAUCAUAGGCCAAAGCACCUUUGCCGCAGAAGUGUUCAAACUACUGGUAAAAGAUGGACAUGAGAUUGCCGGUGUAUUCACAGUUCUGGACAAAGGCAACCGAGAAGACCCGUUAGCUACUAUUGCUGCACAAAACGGUGUACCAGUUUACAAAUACAAGUCAUGGCGUAUCAAAGGGAAAAUCAUACCAGAAGUUUACAAAGAAUACAAAUCCGUAAAUGCCGACAUCAACGUCCUGCCAUUCUGCACACAAUUCAUCCCCAUGGAGGUCAUCACAUACCCCAAGUACGAGAGCAUUUGCUACCACCCCAGCGUACUGCCGAGGCACAGAGGCGCCUCCUCCAUCAACUGGACCCUCAUCGAAGGCGAUACGACAUGCGGCUUGUCGAUAUUCUGGGCGGACGAUGGGCUCGACACCGGCCCUAUCCUCAUGCAGAAGGUCUUCCCCGUCACUAUCGACGAUACCGUCGACUCUAUCUACAACAAAUACUUGUAUCCUGAAGGUAUAAAGGCGCUAGCAGAAUCCGUCAAUAUGGUCGCAAAUGGCAACGCUCCCAAAAUCACACAAACUGAGGAGGGCGCCACAUACGACCCUGCUCUGUUCAAACCAGAAACACACCAGAUCGACUUCACAAAAGGGGGCGUGGCCCUCCACAACUUCAUCCGAGGCUUAGACUCCUCCCCCGGCGCGACCGCCUUCAUCCAACCACAGACUAAAGACGGCGUCACGGAGGGCAGUGACGCGACUACCGAAGUCAAGUUCUUCGGCUCUAGUCUAUGGCAGGGUGACGUUGACACUGAGGGGGAAAGGCUGGUGAUACCGGGACUGAAGGAACCAGCCAUUAUUCAUGAAGCUGGACUGCUGAUUACUGCUAACGAUGGUGUUAGGGUCAACGUCCAAAGACUAAAAGUAAACGGCAAGAUGAUAAACGCACAGAACUUCUACAAGGCAAACGAGAACAAAGUGACAUUAGAACUCACCGCAGAAGAGAAACAAUUCGUCGAAAGUUUCCGAGACGUAUGGAAGGCCAUCCUUAGAGUGGACAUCGAAGACGGCACAGAUUUCUUCGACUGCGGCGCCGGUUCUAUGGACGUAGUCAGAUUAGUAGAGGAAGUGAAAGACUUAGCCAGUAUAGAACUUCAAAACGAAGACGUAUACAUGAAUACGACCUUCGAAGAGUUCUAUACGGUAGCAAUUCUCAAAUCGAGAGGCGGUUCGGGUGCCCAAGAAAUAGUGUACGACGGUGUGGAGUUAGAAGUGAACAAAAGGAAGGUUAAAUUCCCUACGCAGUUGUUUAUAAAUGGUGAAUUUGUGAAUUCAGAUAUCGGGAAGACGUUGUCGAUAGUGAACCCGACGAAUGAGAGUGAGAUUUGCAAAGUGCAGUGCGCGUCGGCCAAGGAUGUGGACCGCGCAGUCAAGGCGGCGAAGAAAGCUUUUGAAGAGGGAGAAUGGGCUAAAAUCAGCGCGAGGGAGCGGGGACAGUUAUUAUUCAAAUUAGCCGACCUAAUGGAGCAACACAAAGAAGAGCUAGCGACCAUAGAGUCAAUAGACUCGGGCGCUGUAUACACUUUAGCUCUCAAGACCCACGUGGGCAUGUCCAUAGACACGUGGCGCUACUUCGCGGGCUGGUGCGACAAGAUCCAGGGCGCCACGAUACCCAUCAACCACGCGCGGCCUAACAGGAACCUCACCAUCACGAAGAAGGAACCGAUCGGCGUGUGCGCGCUCAUCACGCCGUGGAACUACCCGCUCAUGAUGCUGUCGUGGAAAAUGGCCGCUUGCCUCGCGGCCGGGAACACCGUCGUCAUGAAGCCGGCGGCUGUAUGUCCACUAACAGCUCUGAAGUUCGCCGAGCUAGCAGCGCGAGCGGGAAUUCCGCGAGGCGUCAUCAACAUCCUGCCCGGCAGCGGCGGCGUGGCCGGACAGGCGAUGGCCGACCAUCCGCUAGUGAGGAAGCUAGGAUUUACUGGCAGCACGCCUAUCGGCCAGCAGAUAAUGUCGUCGUGCGCGGCGUCCAACAUGAAGAAAGUGUCUCUGGAGCUGGGCGGCAAGUCGCCGCUCGUCAUCUUCGAGGACUGCGACUUGGACAAGGCCGUUAGAAAUGGCAUGGCAUCAGUAUUCUUCAACAAAGGCGAGAACUGCAUCGCAGCCGGCCGCCUGUUCGUGGAGGAGACGAUCCACGACGAGUUCGUGCGACGCGUCGUGGCCGAGACACGCAAGAUCGUGAUCGGAGACCCGCUGCAUAGGGGCACCGCGCACGGACCGCAGAAUCAUGAGGCGCAUCUCAACAAACUUGUAGAGUUCUGCGAGCGCGGCGUGAAAGAGGGCGCGACUUUAGUGCUGGGCGGCAAGCGCGUGGAGCGUAAGGGCUACUUCUUCGCGCCCACCGUGUUCACAGACGUGGCCGACCACAUGUACAUCGCCAAAGAGGAGUCCUUCGGCCCUAUCAUGAUCAUCAGCAAGUUUAGCAGCAAAAACCUAGAUGACGUGAUCCGUCGGGCGAACGCGACAGAGUACGGGCUAGCGAGCGGCGUGUUCACAAAAGACGUGUCCCGCGCGUUACAAUUCGCAGAACGAAUCGACGCCGGCACCGUGUUCGUCAAUACCUACAACAAGACAGACGUCGCCGCGCCUUUUGGAGGCUUCAAGCAGUCCGGAUUUGGAAAGGAUUUAGGUCAAGAAGCAUUGAACGAAUACCUCAAAACCAAAUGUGUUACCAUUGAAUACUGAUGUGAUAAAAUUAUUUCUUUAGUUAAUUAACUGUAUAGAUAUUAUCUUAGGCCGUAUGUGUAAAUGCCAAAUGUUAUAUCACAAUAUUUUUAUACAAAUGUAUACAAAAUCUUUUAAUUUGAUAUGACUGUAUCGAAUAUUUUACCAUUAUUCUCAAUACUUGUUUAUACUCGUAUUCGUUUGUAAUUAAUUUAAUCUUGACUUGUUCAAAAUAUUUUAUUUAUGUAAUAAAUAAGUAGGUAAGUAUGUAUUAUUGUUGUAUUAUAAAAUUAAAAUAAAAAGCGAAUUAAUUAAA